AGGACUGCGGUUUGUUUUUACGGAACUACUUUCGUGUUCCUCCGAGUACGGGGUAGUAGUUCUUAUCCGACUAUUUUAUCGCUUAUUUAAAUAUUAUGUUACUAACUAAAUUAAUGAUGUUGAAUUUUAUAACUCACAAGUUUGUGUUUAUAUGAUUUAUUUUCCGUUUUUUGAGAAAUAUAAAGCAUUAAGCUCCAGUUUUCGACACCGAUUUGAUGUGCGGCCUUUUCUUUUUCACGGACGGCCGCCAUCUUGAAUUUUAAUGUUGAUUUUUUUUAGUGUAGCUAAGUUAGAUAUAUGUUUAUCAUUAUUUUUUAAGGAUUUUAAUUACUUAGAAUUUGGAUCAUAGUGAAAGAUUGAGGUCUGAUUCACCAUGGCAGCCAAUGACUAACACAGAGACUCGAUGCGACUAACGCGGGCGCUCUGCGGGUAUGAAGUGGAUGAGUGGAGAAUCCAAGAAGAACAUGGUAGUAAAUGGCAGACGACAUGGCAGCAGGUUCAGCGAACAGCCGGGGAGCCAGAGCCGCGCUCAGCAUCUGCGUCACAGCAAGAGCUCGCUCAGCAGCCGGAGAUGCAGCCGCCGUUUCAACGGUGGUCCGAUGGAGGUGGAAAGACGCCACGUCCCGUCGUCAGGAAUGACGGCUAAGGAGCUGUGCGAGAACGACGACCUGACCACGAGCCUCAUCCUCGAUCCUUACCUCGGCUUUCAAACCCAUAAGAUGAACACCAGAUUUCGACCCGUUAAAGGAAGACAAGACGAGCUGAAGGACAUUAUAGAGAGUUUUAAAAAACACAGCGACCUUGAGAAAGCUUACGAAGCUUUAACUUCUGGAGAUUCUUCCAGAAAUCAUCUUCUGUCCAAGACGAAGGCUCAGGAGAAACUUUUCAAACAACACGUAUUCGUUUAUCUCCGCAUGUUUGCGAGUGACAGCGGGUUCGAGAUUUUGCCCUGCAACCGAUAUUCAUCUGAGCAAAACGGAGCCAAAAUCGUCGCAACGAAAGAAUGGAAGAGGAACGAUAAGAUAGAGCACCUGGUGGGUUGCAUUGCUGAGCUCUCGGCCAGCGAGGAGAACCUGCUGUUACGCCACGGCGAGAACGACUUCAGCGUCAUGUACUCCACCCGCAAAAACUGCGCUCAGCUCUGGCUCGGACCCGCCGCCUUCAUCAACCACGAUUGUCGGCCGAAUUGCAAGUUUGUGUCGACCGGCCGCGACACGGCUUGCGUCAAAGUUCUCCGAGAUAUCGAACCGGGGGAAGAAAUCUCCUGUUACUACGGCGACGGCUUCUUCGGAGAAAGCAACGAAUUUUGCGAAUGCUACACGUGCGAAAGACGUUGCACCGGUGCUUUCAAAUCAAAAAUGGACUUCCCGUGGGUUCCUGUGAUCAAUAGCAAAUACGGCUUGAGGGAGACGGACCGGCGACUCAACAGGCUGAAGAAGCUGGGAGAAGCGAGUCAGAACUCCGACGUCCAUUCCGUCGGCUCGCACACCGACGCAGACACUCAGGAUUCACCAAAAACACAUUCAUCGUCUAGGAAAAGAACGCCGGCUAGCACGAGGGUAAGUAAAACCAGGAGUCAUGAUGGACAGUCUCUCUCAAGAGCUUACACAUCUACCUCACCUUCCAAACAAAGUCAAGCUAAUAGCAGGGUACCAAAGAGACUGAAAUCGAAACCCUCCAAGCCUUCGCUCACGAACGUAAGGUUACGGAGCCAAAACCGAGGGUCAGAGGCGAAGACCUCCGCUAAGGAGCCGAAGGCUGCGCUCUGCAGAGACGUCCGCGUUAAAAAGGAGAAGGACUCGCUUCGAACUUUUAACUCGGCGGGAUCUAGAGACUGUUUAACACAGCACAUCGCGAAGGAAAACAAUCAGCCGUCUUUAAAAUGUCCUGCAGAAUCAGAGAGUUGCUCUUACAGGACUCGAAGGUCGAUGAGGACUUUGCAUAAGGCGCAGGAAGAUGACGGCGUUAACGGUGAACGAAGCACUUUUGAAGGCCAAAACCCGGUCAUUAAAACGGAGCCGGCUGACAUGGAGGAGUACCUCUCCCACGGCUUGAGGCUGAGCGAGAAAACGCCAGAAGACUUGUACGUCCCGAGAGUUUCUAACUCGCAGCAUCACCAGUUUACUCAGCUCCAGCUGGACAGGAGGAUAAAAAGUGAGGACGAGCGCAGUGAAACUUUCAUGCCAAGGUUUAUGCAAAGUCCUAGCGUCAAGGACGUGCUGCUGGGGUUUCCCGAAAGGCCUCGGCAUUGCGGUUCCUCCAAAAAGGACAAGUCUAAGGGAAGCAGUCGGAGUUUGGGAAAAGGGAAAAAGAAGCACAGAAUUCCACACUACGACGCAGUGAUUCUGGAUAGCAGCACAGGGAUUCCAAAGCUGACCUUGCGCAGACGUAGGGACAGCGGCGAGACCAGACAGGCUCACGUGAACUCCUCAAAGAUCAGCAUCAAGCUCGGCAAAGACCACGAACGCAACGAGGGAAGCUCUUACGGAGCCAGGUUCAACAACGGCUUCAGUUCCGCGUCCCGAACGAGCUCCAGCAAACUGAAGAUCCAGCUGAAACGCGAGGACAGCGAACGCCUGGUGGCGCAGACGUGUCUCAACGGCAGUCACAGGAGCAACCAUGUGGAUGAGCAGCCUUCAUCAGAGGAGGAGAAUGAUGAUGAUGAUGAUGAUGAUGAUGAUGACGAUGAUGAUGAUGAUGAUUACGAGGACGAUUUCAUCCCGCUUCCACCAGCAAAACGUCUCCGGCUCAUUCUAGGCAAAGAUUCCAUAGACAUCGAUAUCUCCUCCAGGAGGAGAGAGGAUCAGUCGUUGAGGCUGAAUGCAUAAGCUCACCUUCAGACUCACUUGUACAUAAACUUCAGGUUAACUCUGAUCAUGUCACUGAAAAGAAAAACAUAAUUAAAGGAAUAACUUGAGCUUUUUUUCUCCCCCCCC